AUCGCCAGCGUCGUCUCCGCCGUCGCCGCCCUCCUGACCGCCAUCACGGCGCUCAUCACCGCCCUCCGCCGCUGUCAUCGCCGCCACGACGACUCCAGCGACGUGGAGUCUUCGUCGGCGGCGACGGUGUCCCUCUCCUCAUCGUCGUCCGCCUCAUCCUCGUCCGCCUCCUCUUCGUCCGCCACCUCCUCGUCCGCCUAGGCUGCUCAUGUCUAAAUAGCUGCUACUAGUACAGCACUAGCAAUCUCUACUUGUCGUUGAGUUCCCCCCAGUUUCAGUUUAUCUUGUGUGAGCAGUUUCAGUUGGCUUUUUUUAUUAUUAUUAUUAUUAAGGAGAAGAUGCAGUGCGCUUUGACUUUGUCUCUCUUCUUUCCCACAAAUGAUUGUAUAGGGAAAACCCUAGCCGCCGCCGCCAAGACCUCGCCCCGGCUGAGCACUCCACCCCCGCCGCCGCCGGAGGAAGCCGUCUCACGGCCGACGGCGCCGCCGUGCUGCAGCGGCCUCGCUGGCUUCGGCGCCGACGCGCGCCACUGACCUCCUGCACCGCCUCGUCCCCAGGGGAGACCGGCCGGCCUGCUUCCUGGCCCUCGCGCUGCUGAGGGGCUCAUGCCCCGCCUCGACCCCGUGGAGGAGCGGCACGGCCCCCUGGCCUGGACCUCGCGCCGCGGCUUCACUGACCCGACCUCGACCUCAACCGCCUGUUGACGGCGCCGCCGUUCUGACACUCAGUUUGUCAUCUAGUAUUUCUUCUUUAAUUCAAAAUUGAGCUUGCUGCAUACUCAGUUUGUCAUCUAUUUCUUCUUUGGUCUUCCUCAUCUUUCUUGCAUAGAAAUUGCACAACAUGAAAUGCAUGUUCCUGCAGGCCAUGAAAUGCUAUAUUUCUUCUUGUGCAGAAUAUAAGAAACAUUUAUUUCAGGCUGACAUGUUUAUGUUCUCUCCAAAUACAGAGAUGAAUAAGAAGCUCAGAAACAUGUGCACACAUGUGCGGAAUGUAAAGAUAUUUAUUUCAGAAUAAGAAGCUACUGCUCAUUCCCAAAUGCAAAGAUAAAAAUUAUGCAUAGUUCAGAGUGGCAUGUUUAUGUUCAUCAUAUACAAAGAAACAUCUUUUUCCACAUCAGAUUGGUUUGUAUCAUGAUGUUAUGUUUACUGUACAACCGUUCUUAUGUACAGCCUUAUUUGAUUGUUAGAAAGAGAAAAGAGGUUUUCGCAUCGCUACUGUCAUGACAGUCCUGUUAAGCUGCAGCUAGAUACUGUAUUUUUUUUGUUCACGUUACAUUUUCCUGUAAAUAUGAUCACUAACUUUGUAUCAUCAACAUGGAAUGGAAUAGCUGGUGCCGGUGGGUGCAGUGAUGGCCAAGGCAGUUCCAGCAAGGAUGGAGGAAAUGUUGAGAAAGACGCGGCAUCAGACGAUGAAUGGCUGGUUGUUGACCGACUGUAGGCACCGUGCCGAGAUGGCCAGUGUCGAGUACUUCAACCUCGUGGACCUCUGGGAGAAGUACCACAAGUGGAGCGUGUACGGUGGGAGCUGCGUUGCAGAUCCACGGAGGACCAAAGUAAUCCAAUACUACAUACUUGUCGGGCAUACAGCCAUGCACCAAUAAAGUCCUGACUCCACCUAGGUGUUUUGGUGAGGACUAUAGCAUGGACUUCUGGAGUGAUGAUGAGGACAAAGAGAAGAUGUCAAGAUCACAUGUGUUCUUUGAGGUUCUCCUUAUGGAAGGAUCCCCACACAUGCAUAAGGGCAGGAUAUGGAAAACCAUGAGGGAUGCAUGGGACAGAUUGAUCUCGACCAUACAUCGGUGGGCAAUUCUAUGCAAGACUGCUCUGGAAGUCACCUUGCAGCAAUACAUCCGGGAUAUGGAGCACAAGCCGGAGGAACUCCUUCAGAUAGCCAGGCACUAGUUCCCUCAGGAGGCGAGUGGACGAUGGCCGAGCUGCAACGCCAACUGCUCCUAACUAACUGGUUCUCCCCUCCAGUCGCCUUCUCCAACCCAGUCCAAGCUGGCAGCGGGUCCAAGUGUAAGGCGAGCUAAUGAAGAGAAAGAAACUUGGCCUCGGCUGAGCUUUAUAGUCCACGUUUUGGUUUGUUGUUCCUGGCUUAUUAAGGCAGUAAACUUGGUUUGAGAAAAGAGAGGUAGCGGGCUUUGUCCCCUGGACUGUAAUAAGCGUUGGUAGUUUUCAGCUGUUGAUGACAAAAUAUCUGUGCAAGACAUGUGGCAGUCUCAAGACAGAACGGAGUUGUUUCAUAUGGCCCUAUCCGCACGAGCUUUAUGAGGAAUUCCUUGUUAUUUCUUCCUGGCUUGAUGGAUUGAGUUGAACACAUCUAAGAGGGAUGAAUGGAAAUGUGUGGCAGAAUGGAGAGUAUUUCACUUCCAAGUACUAUGCUUUAGUUCAUGAGCCAUUGGUUGUAUGUCUGAGUACAAGAGGUCUAUUGAAGAGGAGCUGGAAAGUAACUGAUGAUAACCACUGUGAGUUGUGUCCUGGUAGAGAUUAUGAUGAUCGUCAACAUCUGUUCUUUGAGUGUCAUUUUGGCCAAAGAAUUUAGAACUACCGUCAGAUUAAGUGCGAACCAGGAGACGAUCUAUUACAAGUGGCUCCAAAUGCUAGAAGAAGAUUCGGGUACUUCAAAGCUAUCUGAACCUGCAAUCGAAGAAUUUUCUCAUGAACAGCCAAUGGACUUUGACCCCUUUGGGACAGACGUCGGUUUGAGCUCGGAUGAGGAGAUGCACUCGGCACCUCAUGUUUCUGAACCAGCGAUCACAAGUACAUCUCAAACGCUGGUUGUCUCCAAGAACCUGGAACUUCCCCUUGAAACCACGGAUCUGCCAGCGAGCACCCGGGCGAUAACGAAAAAACCAAGGACAGGUGCUGCUAGCAAAGGGGUAAUUGCUGCCGGGAAUUCGUUGACUCCUUUUCUUGAUGAUCCCAUAACGAAAGAAAUGAUCGACAUGGCUGCCCGUUUUAUCGGGUUUCGCGACGAAGCUGACACCUUGAGAAGAUCUUUGCACAUUGAUCAGGAACACGCUAAGGAGCUUGAAAAGAAACUUAAAGCUAGCGAAAAAGCUCGCCGUGAUGCUGAAGCAAAAGCUGCGAGUGCAGAGUUAGCUUUAAGUGACAAGGAUGAGCAGAUUUCCCAACGAGAAGCCAAUAUAAUUGCGCGACUUAAUACACAAUCCACUAGAUUCUCAACAGAGCGUAUUGGUGAAAUGUAUACCAAAAAUCAAGAACAAGAAGAAGAUGAUCUCCUGGACUCCCUUUCGGUGCUGGAGAUGAACUGCUCCCUUGCUCGCGACUGCUUGAAGGAGAGUCGAGUUGCGUUCGAGCGUUUUUUCCCGCAUUUCUUCCCAAAAGUUGUUAUGCCGGACAAGUUCGAGCCUCUCGCCAAGAGCUUCAUAGGCAAGGAUGACCUUGUCUUGGCCCAUCGCCAAGCUAGCUUGAAGGUUGGUGUCGAAAGCACCAUUGCACUGGCGAUAGCCAAUGGUGAAAAGGUUGACUGGGCGAAAAUGGCAAGUGUUCGAGGCUUGACCAAGGAUAAGUGGACUGCUCUUCUAAAGAGCGCAAAGCCCUUCUCCAAGAAAUUAAUUGCCAUCAUCGACCCCACAUCUUCUUCUACCAGCACUGCUCAAACGGAGGUCAAAUAGACAACCUUGUGCCUCCGCUUUUGUAAUUUUUAUCCUUUUGUUCCUUUCGAUUAUUUUGUAAGCACCGUAUUGGAUGCGGUCCUUUGAACUCUAUGUUGUAAUAUAUUUUUAUGAUGGAUGGAAACCCAGCUUGCUAAGAAGUU